CGCGCGCGGCAGGCGGACAUUUCAACCCCGACCUGCCCCCAACUUUGGCUGUGUCGACGCCGAUCGAACAGGCACUUUUUGCCGAUCUUUGUCCAGCAUCAAUUCUACAACCACCUUCACCAUAGUUCAAUCCUCGCUACUGUGCUGUCAAUAUGAGCGAUUACGGACCAGCCCUCAAGCGCAGAAGGUCGCAGUCACCUCGUCCCUGGCGACAGCAGGAACCGGAUCGACGCUACCGCGAACGAGAUGCCCCCCACCGUCGAGACGAUGGCCCGCCACAGAGAUGGUCCCACAAGGACCAGAUGAAAAUCAAUCAGUUACAAGAAGACGAGCGAAUGCGCGAAUGGGUGGCGCAAGAGGAUGAGUUCGUUCUCCGACAGGCGAAGAAGAAGGCGGAGAUUCGAGUCAAAGAGGGGAGAGCGAAACCUAUAGACUGGCUAGCAGUCACACUGCGCGUGGUCGACCCGACGAGAGAUCCCCUGGACGACGAAGUCGAUGAGAAAGACCUGGAUUUUGUGGAUCCUGAGAGCGUGUUCGACGGCCUUUCGGAAGCCCAGCUCGCGGAUCUGCGCAAAGAUAUUGAAACGUACCUGAACCUGGAAACGAACCGAAAGAACCGCGAGUACUGGCGGACGAUGCAGAUCAUCUGCAAAGAGCGACAGAAGAAAGCGAGCUCAUCGUCUGGUCCAGAGGGGCGAGCAGUCAGUUCCGUGGCAGCGGACAUCGACAAGUUACUGGCACCAAAGACAUACGAGCAACUUGAGGUGCUGGAGAAGCAGAUCAGGAAUAAACUAGACUCGAACGAACCCAUCGACACGGACUACUGGCAGCAGCUCCUCGACAGUCUGCUGGUGUGGAAGGCCAAGGCGAAAGUGAAGAAAGUGUACCAAGACGUGCUUGACUCGCGGCUACAUCAGCUGAGACAGGAAAACGAACGCAAAGCACGCCAGAUACAAGACCAACUGAGACAAUUCGGCAUGAUAGCCCCCACCACCACUUCCACCACGUAUUCGAAAGAGCUGGAUCCUGAGCCCUUACUCGAGAUACCCGCCAAAGACAAAGCGCUCGAAGUUCUUGACGAAACCAACUUUUUACAAAGCGUCGCCGCCAGCAGACGCAGAGUCAUCAACAUGGGGUACGUACCUGCUCCGAAAGGAACAUCAGUUCCUACGGACAAGUCUGGCUCGACAUCGACGACAUUAGUUCGACAAACACCAUCCCAAUCCGUGUCUAUUGACCCAACCAGUCGGUUCGACCAGAGUACGGACUCCUCAGCCGCGACCAAAGCCCUAUUCGACCGCGAAGUAGCCAAAGGGAUGAACGAGAACGAGGAGAUUUUCACCGGCGAGGAAGAAGUGCCCACAGAUCAGAAACCGCUGUGGAUGGGCAAGUACCGGCCCCGCAAGCCGAAAUACUUCAACCGCGUGCAAAUGGGCUACGAAUGGAACAAGUACAACCAAACACACUACGACCACGACAACCCGCCGCCCAAAGUCGUGCAGGGCUACAAAUUCCACAUCUUCUAUCCGGACCUGAUCGACCCGACCAAGGCCCCGACUUACAAAAUCAUCCGGGAGGGUGGUCGCAAAAAGGGCCAGACUAUGGCCCCUGCCGGCGAGGAAGACACCUGCAUCAUUCGAUUCAUGGCCGGCCCGCCUUAUGAAGACAUUGCUUUCCGUAUCGUCGACCGCGACUGGGAUUACUCGGCCAAACAUGAUCGGGGGUUCAAAAGUACUUUUGAAAGAGGGAUUUUGACGCUCCACUUUACGUUUAAGAGGAUCGUCUAUCGGAAGUAGGUGGUACAACGUCCUCUUAUACAAUAAUAAUGAGUGUCUCAAAUGUAAUUUGGUCAUAAACGUGUGCGUGAAUCAUGAUCAAUGAUGCAAAUAGGUAGGGGAACUGGUUCUAGUUCUAAGGUAGUACUAUACGGCAUACAGUCGGAACACUCUUCCUCGUCCUUUACUACAACGUUGUACAUGUAAUAUAAAUAUAUAAACGGGCAAUGACAGACCUGACUCUCGG